AUGGCGCCCGCCUCCCCGCGUUGCCCCGGGGCCACCUGCGGCGGCCUGGCGCCGGCCGGCCCGACGCACGCGGAGGCGCUGGCGGGCUUGGACCAGACGUGGCGGCGCCGCAGGCAGGAGUGCUUCCUGGACGUGGCGGGCGACGGCUACGUGGUCGCCUCGGGGCCCGUGCUGGACGAGGCGGGGGCCGACGCCGUGCGCCGCGCCUGCCUCUCCGGCGGCUGGCGGCGCACCGCCGCCACGGACUGCCUGGGCGAGUGCUUCGCGAGCGACUGCGCCUGCUCGCGCGCGCGGAACCCGCUGGCGCGGGAGGCCUUCCUGGAGACGGCGGCCCGCUGGGCCGCGCUGGCCGCCGAGGCGGGCGGCCAGGCAUGCCACGUCGCUUCCCUGGGGAGCGGCCUGCUGCGCGCGGACUUCUGCUUCCUGGAGCGCCUGCUGGCGCUGGGCGUGGCUGUGGCCGCCGUGCACCUGGUGGACGUCAACUUCGACCCGGACUCGGAGGGGUACGGCCCUCACAGCGUGGCACUGGCACAGUUCGCUGCCUGGUUCUCGGCCAGGGGCGUGGACGUGUUCGCGCACCCCACCGUGGAGCGGUUCUCCCUGCACGUGCGGCAGGCCCAGGUGCUGCCCGCGGCCGUCCUGCAGGUGGACUGCCUCGAGCUGACGAGGGCCUUCGACGCCGAGGUCCGGCCCGUGCUCGAGGACGUGCUCUGCUACGGCGGCGUCUUCUGCUCCCUGACGGCGCGCGAGGCCGCGGCGGGCGCCACGGGCCUGCUGCAGGGCGGGCUCAGCGAUGCCUGGGGCGAGGGCGAGCGGGAGGCCACGGAGGGCGCCGUGAAGGAGAUGGGUCACGUGAGGGCGGAUGGAUCUCCACUGAGUUCUAGCGUGCGCCCCCCAUUUGUGCGCACGUACGAGGCCGCUCUCGCGGGAUUCCCUGUCAAGAGGCGCACAGCCGCCAGCGUUGCCCUGGCCGUGCAGAGCGCGCGGCAGGCGAUGAGGGACACCCCCAGGGUCCGUCUUCAGUCUCGCCUGCACCGCGCCCUCGCCUCCUCGCUCUUCCCCGACGAUUUCGCCUCGCUCCUUUCCGCCCGCUCCCGAAGAUGGUGCGCCUCGCCUGGAGAACUGCCGCCCGAUUUUGUCUUCCUCGUGGAGGCUAUCGGAGCUCAGCUCCUCAAGGUCAACGGCCACGCGGCCGAGACGAGGUUCCGACGUUGGCGCCUGGCACUGGUGCAUGACACGCGUGUAGCGCAUAUCCUGUGGCAGCCAGUUGUGCCCCGUAGCCCCGUGGCCGGGAGCGGGCAGGAUUUGCUGAUGCACGCAAACUGGCACUGCCGCCUGGCAGCGCCCAAUGGAGACGACGCUGAGUACCAGGCCAUUGUGAUCGUGCAGGGCCGCUGGCCUUGCCUCCGGGCGCGCAGCCUCGGCAGAUGCACGCAGACUGGCGCCGCCGCCGGGCAGUGCCCGCAGGGAGCGAAGUGCAUGGGCCAGGCAGAGGACUCGGACGCGACGUGCAAGGCCGGAGAGCCCGGGUGCGGCGCUGGGGAGGCCGCCGAGGCCCCCGAGGGGGAGGAGAACCCGUGCCCGCCCAUGCCGGAGGAGCAGACGGCGGAGCUGAAUGCGUGCGCGGAGGGCUCCAAGCAGUGGAGGUGGGCCCUCGAGCGGCUGCAGAGCAGCGACAACGAGGGUGCGCACAGCUUCCUGCAGAAGGGCUACAACAAGUGCCUGAAGAAGCUGGGCGUGGCCCGGAAGGAGGUCUGCGUGCGCGGCUGGGCCGAGGACGUGGUCGAGUACAGGUGGCUCAAGCAGGGGCACGGUGUCUCCGAGGAGUGCAGGCAGGAGGCGAAGGAGAAGUACACCUCGGGCUCCGAAGACGUCGAGGCGUGCGCCAAGACGUUCCAUGACGCCCUGGACAGCGCGGAGGAGACGGACGACCAAGGCAAGGUGUACCAAGAACUCCUCCAGAAGUGCGCGGGCAUCUCCCCGAUGUGCGCCCAGCAGAACGGCUACAUGAUGGCCGAGAGGGCUCAGCAGAACGCGCUGAAGGAGAUCGGCAUCGACACGAAGGGCGGAACCAUCCGUCGAUGA